AUGUUUCCGAGAGAGAAUCAUAGUAACGGCUAUGAGCCGGUGCCUGCAAUGGGUCACAGCCACAGCCACAGCCACAGUCACAGAGAGCGAGUCCGUCGCGGCACUCGCAGGUCACGUGCCCCUUCUUCCACGCACUCCCUUAGGGUUUUCGACCAAUCGCAAUCGCAGCAGCAACCGCAACACCAUCGACCUCCCUGUACUGAUUUCGACGUCGCCUAUUUCCAUUCCUACGCUCACCUCGGUAUCCACCAAGAGAUGAUCAAGGAUCGUGUGCGAACUGAAACUUACAGGGAAGCUAUCAUGCAGCAUCAGAGUUUCAUUGCAGGCAAAGUUGUGGUUGAUGUUGGAUGUGGUACAGGAAUCCUUUCUAUAUUUUGUGCUCAGGCUGGUGCAAAGCGGGUGUAUGCAAUUGAUGCCAGUGACAUUGCCUUACAGGCAAAUGAAGUUGUGAAAGCAAAUAACUUGUCUGAUGUUGUUGUUGUAUUGCAUGGACGAGUCGAGGAUGUUGAAAUUGAUGAAGAGGUGGAUGUUAUAAUUUCAGAAUGGAUGGGCUAUAUGCUUCUAUAUGAGAGUAUGCUUGGAAGUGUUAUUAAUGCUAGAGAUCGAUGGCUCAAACCUGGAGGUCUUAUUCUUCCAUCAAGUGCAACGUUGUACAUGGCUCCUGUCACGCAUACGGACAGAUACAGUGAUAGUGUUGACUUCUGGCGCAAUGUUUAUGGAAUUAAUAUGUCUGCCAUGGUACCAUUAGCUAAACAAUGUUCAUUUGAAGAACCUUCCGUGGAGACAAUAACGGGUGAAAAUGUUUUGACAUGGCCACAUGUGGUAAAGUUUAUCGAUAGUUAUUCUGUUACCAUCCAUGAGUUAGAAUCUGUAACAACCAAGUUUAAGUUCAAUUCUAUGAUGCGAGCACCACUACAUGGUUUCGCAUUUUGGUUUGAUGUUGAAUUUAACGGGCAUGCAAUAGCAUCAACCAAUUAUAAUUCAACAACAUUUAUUGACAAUCAUCAGAUGAAUGGUAGUCAGAGGAAAAGGCGAACAAAUCCCAACGAAACACUGGUCUUGUCCACUGCGCCUGAGGACCCUCCAACACAUUGGCAGCAGACAUUGAUAUACUUUUAUGAUCCUAUAGAGCUGGAACAAGAUCAACUAAUUGAAGGUUUAGUGACAUUGUCUCAAAGCAAAGAAAAUGCUCGAUUUAUGAAUAUUCACCUUGAAUAUAGUUCAGGUGGUCGAUCGCAUGUGAAAGAGUCGGUUAUGAGAUGA